CGUGGCAGCGCCAUUUUGAAUGUGCGGCUGUCGCGGGCGUUAGUUCGGUAGGCAGGGCUGCGGGCUCGGGCUUCGAGCAGUUUCCUUACUUUCUCUGCUUCGUUUCCAUAGAUACAUGUAGAGACGUGUACAUACAUACAUCUAGGCCUGUAUCCGGUGUUUGAGGCGAACUCCUUAAGAUGAUGUUAAGAGGAAACCUGAAGCAAGUGCGCAUUGAGAAAAACCCGGCCCGUCUACGCGCGCUUGAAUCCGCAGCCGGCGAGAACGAGCCGGUGGCCGCGGCGGCCAUGGCGCUGGCGCUGGCGGGAGAGCAGGCACCGCCUGCCCCAGGGCCCCCGGAGGACCACCCGGAGGAAGAGAUGGGGUUCACCAUUGACAUCAAGAGUUUCCUAAAGCCGGGUGAGAAGACGUACACUCAGCGUUGCCGCCUCUUUGUAGGGAAUCUCCCCACCGACAUCACCGAGGAGGAUUUCAAGAGACUCUUCGAGCGCUACGGCGAGCCCAGCGAGGUUUUCAUCAACCGGGAUCGUGGCUUCGGCUUCAUCCGCUUGGAAUCCAGAACAUUGGCUGAAAUUGCAAAAGCAGAGCUGGAUGGCACCAUUUUGAAGAGUAGACCUCUCCGAAUUCGUUUUGCUACACAUGGAGCAGCCCUAACGGUCAAGAACCUUUCUCCAGUUGUUUCCAAUGAGCUUCUAGAACAAGCAUUUUCCCAGUUUGGUCCAGUAGAGAAAGCCGUUGUGGUUGUGGAUGAUCGUGGUAGAGCUACAGGAAAAGGUUUUGUAGAAUUUGCAGCAAAACCUCCUGCACGAAAGGCUCUGGAAAGAUGUGGUGAUGGGGCAUUCUUGCUAACAACGACUCCUCGUCCAGUCAUUGUGGAGCCCAUGGAGCAGUUUGAUGAUGAAGAUGGCUUGCCAGAGAAGCUAAUGCAGAAAACUCAGCAAUAUCAUAAGGAAAGAGAACAGCCACCACGUUUUGCUCAACCUGGAACAUUUGAGUUUGAGUAUGCAUCUCGAUGGAAGGCUCUUGAUGAAAUGGAAAAACAGCAGCGUGAGCAGGUUGAUAGAAACAUCAGAGAAGCCAAAGAAAAACUGGAGGCAGAAAUGGAAGCAGCUAGGCAUGAACACCAAUUAAUGCUAAUGAGGCAAGAUCUGAUGAGACGUCAAGAAGAACUCAGACGCUUAGAAGAACUCAGAAACCAAGAGCUGCAGAAACGAAAGCAAAUACAGCUGAGACAUGAAGAGGAACAUCGUCGGCGUGAGGAAGAAAUGAUCCGACAUAGAGAACAAGAGGAAUUGAGGCGACAGCAGGAAGGCUUUAAACCAAACUAUAUGGAAAAUAGAGAACAGGAAAUGAGAAUGGGUGAUAUGGGUCCCCGUGGAGCAAUAAACAUGGGAGAUGCGUUUAGCCCAGCACCUGCUGGUAACCAAGGUCCUCCUCCAAUGAUGGGUAUGAAUAUGAACAACAGAGGAACUAUACCUGGCCCACCAAUGGGUCCUGGUCCUGCCAUGGGACCAGAAGGAGCUGCAAAUAUGGGAACUCCAAUGAUGCCAGAUAAUGGAGCAGUGCACAAUGAUAGAUUUCCCCAAGGACCGCCAUCCCAAAUGGGCUCACCUAUGGGGAAUAGAACAGGUUCUGAAACACCUCAAGCACCAAUGAGUGGUGUAGGUCCUGUGAGUGGUGGUCCUGGUGGCUUUGGUAGAGGAAAUCAAGGGGGCAACUUUGAAGGUCCUAAUAAGCGUCGUAGAUAUUAAACAUUCUUUCAUUCCUGGCUAUUUAGAAAAAAAAAUUUCAGUGGUAUGCCUUUACACUUUUAUCUGUUACCUAAAAUAGUUUUAUUGUUAAUGUAUGUAGACAUAAACUUUUUCUUUUGUAAGAUUUGAGGUUUUUGUAUUUUUCUUUAUUCAUAAGCUUUGUAGAUUAGAAUGGUAAUGAUGAUGCUCAUCAUUGUGAAUGUUAAAAUGUAUUUGUGACUUAGCUAAAUAUAACUAUGCCAUAGUACUGUGAAAUCUAUGUAGUUACUUAAUCUCAAUAAAGAAAUCAUAUUGGAUCAUUUAAAAAUGUUAUUGGUGGUAUUCUCUUAUGGUUUUACUAAACUUUGCUGUAACAGUAAUAGUUUGGUUGCUUCAACUAAUCCCAGCCGUUUAAAAAGUGAAAAUGAUUUUGCUUUUUCGUCUGUGCACAUAGUCCUGAAGAUAGAGAAGCUUAGUGGAAGCUAAUGUCAAUAAAGGGGAGAUGGAGCAGUGUAUCUGGGGAUGGUGGGCAUGCAUUUAAUUUGUAUAAACCAUUGCUGUUCUGUGAAAUCGGACUUGCUGCCUAUAUUUCAUACAGAUUCUGAAUAUUCACAUACUCUGAGAAGUUUAAGGGUAUCUUUGUCCUGUGGGUUUUUUUUCCCCCAAAAAAUAAAUCUUUUGAAUCUUGAAAAAAACUGUUUGAAAGUAAAUCUCUUCUGCUUAUAAAAUAACAUAGUUUUAAUCUUGUCUGCCAACCUCUAUUUGCUGUCAAAUCUAGGUCUUACCCAAUUAUAUACGUAGUAUUAAAUUUUUAAAAAAGAUUCAGUACUGUUGGAUUGGCAGUUAAUGAGGGUUUUUUCUGUGUGAUUUUGUGGUUGACUAGGUUUCUUGAGAACAUUGGUAUUAAAAAGAUGACUUAAUUGUUGAAAAUAUUUUCCUAUAGUUUCACUUUCCUAUAAAAUUUGUUUGUCAUCCAGGACUCUCUGUUUCCAAGGAAUAUAGUUUCACAUGUUGAUUUUUAAAAACCGAGAAUUAACUUAAAAGUGGUGAUAGCCUCUGAUUAACUCCCUCAUCCUUCAGAUACCUAUUUUGAAUUUUGAUUUUCAAUAUUUGGAAGAAACUGAUUUUAUCACAUUAAUGUUUAUCUCAAAACAAACUCAUAGCUAUAUUUAAAAAUUUGUAUAUUGGUCAUGUUUAUUUAAAAUUACAUUAAGGAACUUACAUUAAGGAACUUCCUGUUUAAUUUAAACUACAAAUCUAAUUCACCACCCACUGAUGACAGCAGUUGUUUCUCACAUAACAUUUCAUUGUAUAUAUGUAUAUCAGACUUUUACCACCUUUCUGAAAAAUAAUUUGCUGUUUUUAGGUAAAGAGUAUGUAAAUCAUGCCUUUUAUUUUUCCCAUGAUGUCAGUUUUUGGUAGAGGGCAUAUUUUAGAAAGAAAUAAUCUUAGUUAACUUAAAAUCUUCCAUAAAAGCAGUUGGUUGUAAAGCAUAAUUAAGGCUUAUUCUGUUGUACCAGAUAAUGUUUUAUCUGCAGUAUUUCUUAUUAUAUAUUUUUGUAGUCAGAACAGUGUGUUUGGAAUUAUUAUCUAAAACUUGGAAUAUUCACAAGCUUUUUUUGGGCAGUUCUUUGAAAACAAUUAGAAAAUAAUAGUCAAAAGACUACUAGUUUUACUAGUUUUCUUGAGUGUAAGGUGGCAGAGAGUAGAAUUUGUUUUAAUUUGUGAUACUAACUUGGAUGUGAGGACUUUUAAAAUUAAUUACAGUUUUAAGUGAUAUUUAUCGCACUUAAGUCUACCUUUCAUAUAACGUGUUUAUUUAAUCCUCCAGUAAUUUUUAGCAUUGUAUUUCAUUCAAAACUGAAUUCAGAUUGGGAGAAACUUGUUACUUUGAUGUUAAUACCAAGCUACCUUUUGCCAAGGCUGUGAAGUUCUGUAUGAUUCGUUCAAGAACAUUUGAAAGCCAGUGCACAAAGAUUUCUUAAUCUCCUGAACAUCCUAGUGUCCGGGCUCAACUCUGGCUCCAAGAACAGAGUUCUACACAGCUUUUCCCCUGCAUCAAGAAAAUCCUUGUUCCAGUACUUACCAAGUUUAUCCUGGGAACAGUCAGCUUCUGAGUGACAGUCAAGUGGAGCAUCUCUGAACUCCUAGUUAUUCAGUUGUUAGUGUUUUUGUAUAGUUAAACAACUUCAUGGCUGGUAAUUCAAUAUUUUUUCUUGUGAAUUAGUAUACCAAGGAACACUUUUUUGAAUGUCAUUUACAUAAAAGUGGUAGAUAUAAAAAUGAAGAGAAAAUUCAAUAGUGUUAGCUUUCUAAAUAAGUAUGAAGUUGUCUUAUGCUAUCAUUUUUUUCCAUAAAAAGAUUAAUGUGAAAUAAUUAUAAUAAUCACAGUCGGGUUUUUUGCGGAGGGGGGGUGUAUGUGUGUGUGUGUGAUGAUUUUAAGUACCAAUUUUAAAGUCUGCGGGAUUUAGGUUUCAUAUGCUUUCUGUAGUUAAAAUGUGUAAAAUAAAUGUACUUUGAUUUUUCUAAUUCUUUUAUUCUAGCAGUGUAUUUUUUUGGAAUUUCCCCCAUUUUUGUUCAUUUUGAAAGCAAAUGAAUUGAUGUUCUUGACAGAUGUUGCUUUUAAAGUAGUUUGGUUUACUGAUAUUUCAUAGAUAUAAUUUGUUAUUCCGUGAGUUUAAAAUUUUUUUUUUUCUUAGAUCAGUGCUGAGCAUUAAGUCAAAGAGAUUAAAUAUUUGUUUUUAAUUCUACAAUAGUAUAUUAGGGGAAAUAAUCCAUAAUUGUUGUUUAAUGGAAAUUAUCAACAAGGACAAAAACUUUGGCUCUUGUUUUGCAAACAGUAAAUUAUACUUUUAUGAUUUAUUAAAACAUGCUUUUUAAAUAUUUCAGUAGCUUUCUCUUUAUGCAUGAAGUGUAAUAAUUGAUAAAUAUCACUAUGAAUGACUAAAAGUCACUAGUUCAUGGUGGUUGACAGUUACAAUAUACAUUCUGAAUGAGAAAGAAGACAAAUGUGUGAUUGAAAUGAUGAGUUGUGAAAGAAUGCAGUUGAAAGAAUGUGAUCGAAGUGUGGAAAAAGAUUUAAAAGGAUUGAAAUUUAAUGUCAAAUGGUACUAGUCAAAAAUAGAAGGGCCAUGUCAUUUUGAAAACAACAGAGGACGUAGUUUCGUGGGGAGAGACUGAUAUUUAAAUGUUUUUUGUAUAAGAGUUUUGUCGCAAUAUCUAAUAUGAUUUUCAGAGGAUUGCAGUGAUUUUAAAAAUCGAAUCUCUUACUUUCAAGAAUAAAACGAUGAAUUCUUGUUUAUUAGACCCAGUAGUAAAUAUUUUACGGUAUUCACUUUCUGAUUAGAUUGUUUGUAGUCAUGGGCUUUUGGCGGGAGAAGAGAAUACAAAUACCUCAAAAGCUGGUUUAUGUUACUUCUGCUGUAAUUUCAAUACCUAGCUGUUGAAAGUGAGGACAUUUUUAAGGCCAGUUUCAUACCAAAGAAUACUGAUCUCCAUAUAUCAAAGCAAAAAGUGCAUUUCUUAAGUUAUAUAUACCAGCAUAGGUUUAUUUUAUCAUAAAAUGCUCAUAUAAUUAAAUAAAUUAGCAGUCCCCUUAUACUUUUAUAGAAGAGCAUUGUCUCAUUUUCAUAAGCCUUUAUAACUUAAUAUUUAACAAUAGGAAAUAAUUGUCUUAUGUUCCCUUUACAUAUUUUCCAAAGUUGUAUAAAACAAAACAUGCAUACAAUUGUUUCACAGUUGACCUUCUGAUCAAGUAGUUUAGAUUCUAACACUGAAAUAACAAAAAAUUGCAGAAAUUUCUGUGUCAGGUCUUUAAAAUCUGGAUUUAUAUGUUACAUAUUUCCUUUUAAAACUAUCAAAAGUGGUAUUUUAUGUGUUGUAAAAAACAUUUUGAGGGUUUUGUUGUUGUUUCCUGGUAACUAAAUAACAAUAUUAAUUAUUGAAGUUUGAAACUUCAGAAAAUAUUUAAAGGCUCUACCAUAGUGCUGUGUUAUCUAAGCAUUUUAUUUGCCCUUUUUGUCCUUUUUUUAGUACCUGUUUAGUUUAUAAUACCUAUAAAAGACCUCUUUGUUGAACUUAUUUGGUUAUAUUUUUAUUUUGGCAUGUGUUUUCUAUAUUUUGAUUUGUCUUUGGAGAAACAAAAGCUUAUUAUUUCUGGGUUGAAGUUAUUAAAAUUCUUAACAUGAUGUAGCCAGAGUUCAUGUAUAUACAUUUGGAGAGAAUUCAAAUAUAUUGUUUUAUUACUUGAAGCACCAUUAUUGUUACCAACUCUUCCUCUGCAGCAAAUACUUUAUUUUGUUGAUUCUAAAAGAAGUCCAAAUCAUAAUUGUUUUUCAAUUUCUUUUUCUGGGUUAAAGAAAUGAGCUUUAGAAGUAAUGGUGUUCAGCUUGUUAGUGUCUAUAAAAUUUUACUUAUCUCUUGCAGGUAUAUAUUCACCCAGAUUUCAUGUUAUACCCUUCACACCCAAAGUUAAAGUAGAAUUAGUAGAAGUAGGAAGAAUUAAGUGGAAGUUUACUUGUUUGAACAUAUGAAUUUUUUCCCUUUUUAAAAAUAUUCCCCAUAUUUUAAAAUAAUUUAGUUGAAUUUUUUUUUUUUUGGUUAUUCCUUAAAUACAGGACCCUGCCUUAUAUUGACAGCAAUGUAAGUGGACCUCGAAUUUCUUAAAUACUAUAUGUAAGUGGUUUGUUGUUUGUGGUGAAGACUUUAAAAUUGAUAAUUAUAUGUAUUUUUUCUAGUUCUUAGACAACUUCACAUUUUCAUUUUAUAUUUGUAUUGUGCAUCUCUUUGUAUGUGAGCUACUGUCAAAAAUUUCAUAGCCACAAUCAAGUUUUGUAUUUUUCCCUGGAUCUCUGAGGUAUACUUUUCAUGUUUUAGGUUCUUUUAUAGAAAAAGACAUUAAUGUUUGUCAACUGACCAGGCUUUUGUGAAUAUGAAUGAGAUUUUGUGUAUGUUUUUGGAUUUUAUAAGAACUAUGUAAAUAUAAUCCUUUGCCUUAUUAUUUGUGCCAUGUUUGGACUAUGAGUUACCUGCCUUUUUAUUUUUAUAUGACUAUUCAAAUAAUUUAUUUUUGCGAGUUAUCUCAAGUUUGGAAGUGCAGAAAACAUCUUAUUGUACAUUUGUUAGAGUAAUUGUUCAUUUUUUCUUCAGAGUAUUUGCACAUUACUAGAUAACAUAAACCAAUAUCAAAUUUGAGAUGUUCCUUAGUUAAAUAUGGUGGUUAGUGUUUUUAUGUAAUGAGAAAAACUAAACUGAAUCUCACAUAGUCAUUCUGUAAAUUCUGUCCUUUCUGGUGUUAGAGACAAUCCCAGUAAUUUGCUCUGUAGUAUUUCGCAUAUUUUAAUUUUUUGAGCUAAUUAGAACUUUGUGCAUAUUCGCAGACUUGACUAUUUUAUACAUUGGCAUAACUUUGGUGUCAGUUUAGCAAACUGAAAAUGACUGGAGCAAUCAUCUAGAAAAUCAUAUUUUUUAAUCAUAUAGGAUUUAUGGGGAGCUAUGCCAUUUAGAAUUUUGCCUUGAGCAUUGAUUUAUUGUAGUAGUUUGUAUUCAGAGGUUGUACUAUAUGUGUUGGGCACUUAUGUAGACUUACAGUACAAAAGUGGAAGAAAUUCAUUCUCUAAAUUAAGGAAAGCAGCCACAGACAUUGUUCUAAAGUGGUGGUUAUCAAAACUUAAGCAUGCUGUAGAACCACCUGGGAGGCCCAUUAAAAAAAAAAAAAAAUCUCUGGCCUCUCCACUCCAAAGUUUCUGAUUCAGUAGGGCAGAGGUGGAACCAAAGCAUGUGCAUUUCACAAGUUCCCAGGAGAUGUUGAUGCUUGUAGAGAAAGAAAAAGAAAUAAGAAAAGAAAAGGCAUAGUAGCAUUUUUUGACAGUGUUGUUUUGCUGUUAUACUUUACUGUUCUAGUACAUUGUAGGUUGUUAGAAUCCUUGGCCAGUCAUUGAGACAAUCAAUCUAAAACACCACCCAAACAUUUCCACUUGUUGCCAGUUGAAAAACACUGCAAAGGUUCAUUAUUUUUGACUAAGAAAUGUACUAGCUACUAAGUGCCCCAUAAUAUAUGAUGUGUGUUUCUUAAUGAUUUUUGCAAGUAGGGUUUUAUUGUUAGGCUUACAAACUCAGUUAUUCUAAGAAAUACAGAAAAUAUUUUGAAAAUUUUAUAAAAUAAAAGACUUUCACUAAGCUGAUUUUCAUCUGUCCAUAUAAUUAUCAAAGACAAGACAGUGUAACAAUCUUGUUUUUAUACCAGUAUUUUUGGACAUGCUUAUGCCUGAUGGGAGAAGGUGCUAGAAUGAUACCAUUUUUAUGGAUUAAAAUGAUUGCUUGACUUUUACUUUGUGUGAGUUUUUCUUUUACUUUUCUAGAUUAAAGAUAAAAUAUUAUUUCUUAAGCAUAUUUACAUCAUAAGCAUAUCAAACAUUUCACUUGCUUUGUAGCUUCAUUCUUUGUAGUUGGUUUAGAAAGUAAUCCUCAUUACAGUUCAGUAGGUGGACAUCUUUUAAUAAUUUAAUGGUAAAAAUUUAUAGCCCUGUGAGAAAAAUUUGUGGCAAUAUACAUCUGUGUGUGUUUUUAAUGUUUAUUCAAAAUUAUGUAGUAUCUUUAAAAAUUAAAUUGGCCCAUAAUGAGAACACAUAGUUGUUAUAAUGGAAAAUAUUUUCUUCCCUAAAAUUGUAACUAUAAAAACAAUAACCAAUUUUGAGCCUUUCAGUGUAUUGGUUGAUUACCUUUGGCAAAUAUAAUCUUAAGAUCUGUACGGGAAAUACUAAAAAAGUAUUGCUAAUUGUGAUCCAGAUGUUACCUGGGUAUCUCUCUGGUCCAAGGCCACCCUAGCAUAGAUUUAUCAUCUCUUGAUUUUUUCCCAGGAAAUGUACAUUGAUAAAACAACUUCUUCUUUUUUUGCAUUAGGGAUUGAACUCGGGGGCACUUAACCAGCCCUUUUAAAAAAUAUUUUAUUAGAGACAGACUCUUGAUGAGUUGGUUAGAGCCUCAGUAAGUUGCUGAGGCUGGGUUUGAAGUCGCAAUCCUCCUGCAUCAACCUCCCAAGUUGCUGGGAUUAUAGGCAUGAACCUCUGCAUCUGGUGAUAAAACAUUUUGUAAAGUAAUGAUGGGUUUAGCACUGUGAAGGAUCAUUUAUUUGUAACCAAGAAAGUCAUCCCAUCUGCCUUUUUAUUUAUUAACAUUGUGCCAACACACACCCUGUUUUAUCUUUCUGUUCAGUAGUCAGAUUCCAUGCAGUUUGCAAGCCCAGGACCAAGAUGCUAGGCCACUUCUAGUGAAGGGGGUGGUGGCUUAUUAGCCUAUUUUCCAAAUGAGUAAUUUUCAUGCAGGCUAAGUGAGAAAAAGCAUUUAAAAAAAUUAUGUAGGUAGUAGAUUACUUAACAUGUUUUUCACACUGAAUAAUCAAAUCAUUUAUAAAUUCUGUGACACUAAAAUGAUUUAAAGCCCUACAAAACUCAGUGCUUACCUUUACUUUUAUGCACACGAAUGCAGGAACAAAUGGUAAACGUUAAAAAUGAAAUUGCCUUGAAUUUUCUACUUGACAUCCUGUAAAUUACUGAACUCUGAUUUAGCAUAUGGUUCUUUCCUCUACCUCCUUGCAUAUUUACCAGCCCCACUAUUAUCUCACUCUAAAGCUGUAAGAAUUUUAGAUUAUAUUUGAUCUGUUACUGGUUUUUAGAUUUAUGCAUGAUGAUAAAUUGAGGAAAAUUAAAUUUUUUUAAGUUGUAUAUUGUGCCACAUUGACCUUUAUCUUGUGCCAUUAUAUUUAAAAAAAAAUAGUAUGGGGAAGAUCAAAAGUUUUGGGAAACUGACAAGCUUGGGAGUUUAGAAGUGGGAAAUAGAAUAUAGAAAAUGGAUAUUCACAUUUUUAGUUUCUGCUGUGAGAUAUGAUGUUUUUAGUGUAUGUAUUAUUUAGGUUAGAGGUAAGGUAAACUAAAGAUUUGGGAGUUCAUUCUGUUUAAACCUAAGAGUUGAUGAAACAUUUCUUAUAUUGGUGAAAAUGCAGAUUGAUCUUUGAAAUUAUUUUGGAAUUACCUGACUCUGGAAGAACACUACCUGUCACAACCAGUUUCUAAUUCCUUUUUCUUACAGGUCUUAUUUAUAUGAGCAAUGAUACACUUGUUAAGUAUUAGGAACAUUUGAAAGUCUUAUUUAAAUACACAGAUGCUAUAUUGACAGUUGCUAUAUUUCUUGAUGACUGGGUAUGCUGGAUACAACUGUGAACCCAGUGGGCUAGCCUUUUGCCCUAAUUUGUGUUGUAGACCUAGAAGAGCAAAUAAAGUGGAAGUGUUUUACCUAGUGUAAUCUUACCAGUAUUAUCUCAAGCAUUGAACAUACUUUUGGGUAUAUGAAUCUACUUUUGAAUCUUCAGUUUUACAUAAUCCAAAUACAAAUAUAAGUAUUUCUGAAGAAAGUUCAUCUGAAUUGGAUGUGGAAAGCCAUAGUAUAAAGACUAGAAUGUAAAACAGAGAUCUCUAACUCAUAUACUUGCCUGUUAAAAUGAUAAUAUUUGAUGCUUGAUGGAAUAGGCUAUUAAGCUAAUUUCACCUUUUAGUUUUUAUAUCUCCUUUUAAUGUGGUGUCCAGGAAAAUUAAAAUUGCAUGUCUUCAGUUAUUUUUCUUCAGUACAGUGUUGGUCUAGAGGAGUAACUUUGUCAAAGUCUUAUUGCUUCCUUUCAUGAUUGUAAUACCAGAAUCCCAUUGUACAGUCAUUAUAUAAUUCAUUUAUUAUUAUCUUUAAAAAUGAAUAAUGUUGGGUUGUACAUUUACCACUUAGUUAUAAUUAAACGAUGUUUUCCCUACUGUAGGAAAGGAAUUUGACCUCCCAGGUUUUAGGAAGUCAGUUGUAUAUGUUAAUGUUUACACUCUACAGUUUUCAUUUUUUGUGCUAGGGGUCAAACCCAGGGCCUCCAGCAUAUCAGGCAUGUGCCCUACCACGGAGUAUACCUCUGACUCCUUUUCACUUUUAUUCUUUUCUUUUGUGUUUAUUAUCUACUUGAUAAUAUCCAUAAAAUAUUCUAGCAAAUUUAAUACCUGAAAACUUGUGACAGUCAAGAUUUCUCUAAUACUUGUGUGAGGUUAUCUGUUCAUUUAGAAUAUUAGACCUAAAAGAGUAGGUAACCUUACCUACCAUAUAGCGAUUUAUUCUCAUUUAGUAGCAAGUCAUUAUUAAAUGUUUGCUUGGUGGAUGAGUAACACCAGUUGUAUGACAGACAUGGUGUUUAUUAAUAAUGUAAAAAUGCACAGAAUAAGGCCCCCUGCUCUCUUGGAAUUUGAAGUUUAAUGGAUAUAAGUAGACUUGUAAGUUAACAGUAUAUUAAUAAAACGCAUAGAAAAUGCUCUGAAAACUAAGAUGCACAUAUUCAUUUAUUUGGGGGAGACUGCAUCAGGAUGAUAACGUUUUAGCAGCUCUUAAAGGUGAGUAAAUACUUGCCAAUUGUAGCUUUUUGGACGGGUAGUGGUCAAAAGAGCUAAUGGCAGUUAACAGAGACCCUGAACAGGUAAUGAGAAGAUGUCUUAGGAAGUGAGGCUGGAGUGGUAGAGAACAAACAAGAAGUAAAGUUUAGAGGCCAAGGAUGCAGUUCAAAGAUAGAAAUGUGUGCUUUGUAUGCAUAAGACUAUAUGUUUAAUUGCCAGCGUGUGUGCGCACACAGACAUACAUGCACGUGGAAAGUUGGAAUAAGAUUGUUAUUGAUCCAAGUUUAGGUUUUUAUCUUUCAGAUGACUGGGAGUCAGUGUAGAUAUUUUAAGUUUUAGAGUGACUGGAUCAAUAAUAAUGAUGUAGAAAGCAGAUGGACUGCAUUGAUCACUUACCUAUCUCCCAACAUUUCUAUGAUAUUCCAAAGGAUAUUUAGAGGCAAUGAGGACUGUGCACAUUCCAGAUAUAUAUAAUUAAGAGAGGGCGAAUUUAACUGGGACUAGUUAUUGGGAUGAAGGAGGCAAGUGUUCUAGUAGUUUCUAGUUUGAAAGAUGAGAGGGUACUAACAACAGCAAAGGUAAGUGUUUUCAGGAUUGGUAGUAAAGGGAGAUAGCCCUUAAGUAAAAAUGAAGGUGUAAUCUAUGGAUUAAUGUUUUGGAUUUGAGUGCUCCUAGGUGGUUGAAAUUAUAAACACUAGAAAACCUCUGCCUGGUAAAUAAAUAGUAUUCUCGUGGCACCAUCUAUCACUGAAGGUGAUGACUACAAUUCUCCUUCUUAGCCAUUCUGUUUUUUGUUUUUUUUUUUUUCAUUUGCUCUUGCAAUUUACUGGCACAAAAUAUCUAAUGCAUCCUUUUAAAACAACAACCACAUCCUGGUCCUAUCACUGAAUUAUGUCUCCAACCCUUUUUGAUUUUAUUUUGAGACAGUAUUUCACUAAUUGGCCCAGGCUGGUCUUAAACUUGUGAUCCUCCUGCCUCAGACUUCUAAGUCGCUAGGAAUUAUAGGCAUGCACCAUCUUGCCCAUUAUCCCUUUGCUUUUUCAAAUGUAGUAGCUUUCUAUCUGAAUUAAAACCAAAUUGUAUUGUAGGGCUUUAUUUAACCCCCCAAGUCUACCUUUUUAACACUGUCUACAUUCCCUGACCCUUGCUCACAAAAUCUAAGGUGAUUCUUCCCUCUUCCAGAUACUUUUUAAUGAUUUUUAAAAUAUAUUUUUAGUUGUAGGUGAACACAAUACCCAGAUACUUUUUAAUGUAUUUUAAAAAUAUAUUUUUAGUUGUAGGUGAACACAAUACCUUUAUUUAAUUUAUUUAUAUGUGAUGCUGAGGGGGCUGGGGUUGUGGCUCAAGUGGUAGCGCGCUUGCCUGGCACGUGUGAGGCACUGGGUUCGAUCCUCAGCACCACAUAAAAAUAAAAUAAAGGUAUUGUGCCCACCUAAAACUAAAAUAAAUAUAUGUGAUGCUGAGGAUACAACCCAGUGCCUCACAUGUGCUAGGCAAGUGCUCUACACUGAUCCACAACCCCAGCCCUCUUUCAGUUAUUUUCAUAGGUCUCUUCCCAACAGAAUUUCAUGUCACCUCUUUUCAUUCAUGUCACUUCAUCAGCAUAUGAUACUUAUUUGUGCCUACAUUUUGUCUUCAUUAGUAUUCAUACACAAUGCUUGUCAUUAAGUAGAUUGCCCUCUGUGUCCAUGAGACCCAUAGUUGUGGGUUUAAGCAAACUCAAAUUGAAAUGUAUAUUGAACAUGGAUAAAUAUUUUGUUAUUGUUCCCUACACAAUACAUUAUAAUAGCUGUUCAUAUAGCAUUUACACUAAUAGUAACUAUAAGUAACUCAAGAUGGAAGUAUAGGAGGAAUAUGUGUAGGUUUUAUGAAAUUCUUUUUUAAAAAAAUAUUUAUUGCUGGGGAUGUGGCUCAAGCGGUAGCGCGCUUGCCUGGCAUGCGUGCGGCCUGGGUUCGAUCCUCAGCACCACAUGCAAAACAAAGAUGUGUCCGCCGAGAACUAAAAAAUAUUUAUUUUUUUUUAGGUGUAGAUGGACACAACACAAUACCUUUAUUUUUAUGUGGUGCUGAGGAUCGAACCUGGGUCCCGUCCAUGCUAGGCAAGCGCUCUACGGCUGAGCCACAAUCCCAGCCCUGGUUUUAUGAAAUUCUAUACUGUUUAUUAAGGGACUUGACCAUCCAUCCAUUUUGGUAUCCGAGGGGUUUCCUAGAACCAGUCCCCUGAGAAUUCCAAAGAAUGGCUGUAUUUCUUUUUUUUUAAACUGGCGAUUGAGCCCAAGAGUACUUAGUCUCUGAGUAACACCUGUAGCCCUUUUAAAAUAUUUUAUUUGCUAAAUUGAUGAGUCCGGCUUUAAACUUGUGAUCCUCUUGCCUCAGCCUCCCAAGCCUCUUAAAGGCAUGUGCCACCACAAUGUUUUUUUGUGUUUUUUUUCUCUUUUUUCUUUAAAUAUGGAAGGCUUCCCGAAUUUGUGUCAUUCUGGCACAGGGGCCAUGCUACUCUUUUUGUAUUGUUUCAGUAUUAUGUGUACUGCUGAAGUGAGCACGAAUGGCUGUUUCUUAAACUGAUCUGAGGAAAUUUUCAGGAGAAAAAAAUGGAGUAAUGACCUAGAUUGAAAGAGUAGAGUUUUUUGAUGUUGUUUUUUGUAUUUGUUUUUUAGCUGUAGUUGGACACAAUACCUUUAUUUAUUUAUUUUUAUGUGGUGCUGAGGAUCGAACCCAGGGCCUCACAAGUGCUAGGCGAGCGCUCUACUGGUGAGCCACAGUCCCAGCCCUAUGAGUAGAGUUAAUGUAACAGUUUGUGUGGAUGAGAAUCCCACAUUUAUUUAUUCAACAAAUAUUUAAUGAGCCUUUUUGUCUCAGCCUAUGUGUAUAAUAGUUAAGAAAAUGGAAUUGGGCUUCAUCUUUAAGUUUGAAGUUUAGUGGGUGACAAAUGGGAAGAAAGUCUAUAAAGACAACUUCACCAUUGCUUUGGAGGGUCAGAGCAAGAAGAGCCAGCCAAGAAUGUGAGUAAACCAAGUUUUGAAUAAAAUUUGGCUAAAAAGAAGAGCCACCACCAUGCUGUCUUAGCAAAAAAAGGAAAGAAAAAUACAAAAUUGGGGUGAAAGAUGAGAAUCAAGACAUCUUGCUCAAAGGAUGGAGAUUGGGUGAGGUUGGCAAUAUGGCAGAAGACAAAUUUUUAACAUUUGAAAUAAAAUGUGAAACCAAAAUCA